AUGCUGGCGCUCCUCCCGUCGCUCUACUCGUUUGCGGGGCCGGGCCCCUCCGUUGCCGCGAGAAGCGCGACGCUUUGCUCGCCAUCGAUCCCCGCCCAGAUCCCGAUUUCGCGGCUCGCCCGGACCAUCGGCGCUCCCGUCAUGAGCGUCGAGGACAAGGGCGUGAUGCGGACCGAGGUGGAGUCCGGCGCUGACGCUGUCUUUGCGGUGAUUGACAAAAACGGAGACGGCAGCGUGUCGCGUGCGGAGAUGACUGAGCACCUCCUCAAGGCUGGCUACAACGAGGCGGCGGUCGAGGUCAUCUUCGCCAAGCUCGACUCGGACGCGGACGGCGAGCUCUCAAAGGAGGAGCUGCGGGAGGGGUUCGCGAAAUUCGCACCGCUUCGCGAGGCGCCGGGGCUCGGUGCGUUUAAUGCCAAGUUCGUGGACGAGAUCAACUCCGACGCUGACGCCCUCUUUGCUGCCGUCGAUGCGGACGGAGGCGGGAGCAUCUCAAAGGAGGAGCUGCGCGAGCACCUGAAGAGGGAGACGGACUACUCCUUCAAGGCCAUCUCCGCCAUCUUCCGCCUCCUCGACGCCAACGGCGAUGGCGCCGUCGAGCGGCACGAACUGCGCGAAGCCUUUGUCAAGCACUCCGCCCUGCGGCUCGCUCUCGGGCAGGGCCCAAACUUCAAAUGA